AUGUCUUUAGCAUGUCGGACAAUCGUUAGAAAUUGUUAUUAUCUACAGAAUAUAACUAAACCGGUGAAAUUUAGUAUUGUCAGAAAUGAUACAACAAGGAUUCUCGCUAGUGGUAUUUGCUAUCAGAAAAGAUAUUUUCAUAAGUGCGAAACAAAACAAGUAAACUUGUUUUUCAAUCCUUUGAGACAGUGCUCUACACACCAUGGUUCAUCAGACAAACCUCAAGAAAAUGAAGGUAAAACAGGACUUCUCAAGAGGUUAAAAGAAAUGUAUAAGGAUUAUUGGUAUGUGGUAUUACCCGUACACAUGGCUACAUCUUGCGUCUGGUUUGGUUGCUUUUACUAUGCUGUACGAAGUGGUAUCGAUGUUAUAGGUAUACUGCAAUCGCUAGGCAUCAGUGAGUCAAUAUUAUCUCCGUUAAGAGAGUCCACUGCAGGUUAUUUUGCUCUUGCAUUGGCAUUAUACAAGUUAGUGACACCACUGCGAUAUGCAGUCACAGUAGGUGGAACUACAUAUGCAAUUAAAAAAUUAACAUCAAUGGGAUGGAUUAAACCUGUGCCUUCAAGGGAGCGGCUCAAAGAAAUGUACAAUGAAAAAAAAGGUACAAUUCAAGACCGCUUCAAUGAAGGCAAGCAACAGUAUCAAACACUUAAACAGAAAAAACGAACACAAGUGAUGGAAGAAAUGAAACGAUACAAGUCAGAAAUGAGAAACUUAAAGAACAAGAUCAAGUCAAAAGAAUAA